AUGGAGGGCCCCGAGCCAGGCUUCGUGUCCCGCCGGGCGAUACUGUUCGGGCCGAUGAAGUCGCACGCGCGCCGCGCGCUGCGAGACAUCAUCCAGCAGUCGCAAGAUGCACGCAGGUCGUCCAACAACGGCGAGACUGCGUCGGUUGGCAGCGAGGCGGUCAUAGACCUCGGCGCCGUCCGCAGCUCCCAGCGGUCGGGGCGCAGCGUUGCCGCGCUGCGGCCGCGCAAGGCGCUUCUGAUCGACGCCGGCAUCUCCGUCUCUGACGCCGCGCGCAAGAUGGCCGCCGCGAACGCCGACGCCGCGCUCGUGCGGACAUCCUCGUCGUCUCGCGCGGCGGUCGGCAUCGUCACCGACACGGACGUGUGCCGGAAAGUGGUGGCGCUCGGGCGCGACGCAGACGCCACCGCCGUCGAGGCCGUCAUGACGCGCAACCCUCAGACCGUGCUCUGGAAUGCGACGGCGUCCUCGGCGCUGUGCACUAUGGCUGGCUCGGUGGCCGGGCUGCUCGACGUGGCAAAGUGCCUCUCGGAGGCCCUGGCGGGGCUGCACGGGCACCAGCUGGGCCAUGCGGCGAGCGGUCGCCCCGCGGCCCGCGUCUCGACCUCCUCUCGCCCUGACCUCGAGCGUCUCUCCGGAUCAGGGCGCCGCGUCGGCGCCGUCAUGACGCCGGACCCGCACACCCUCCCUGUCUCGGCCUCGGUGCUCGACGCGCUCUCGCAGCUGGAGGGCUCCGGCUAUCGCAACGUGAGCAGCCUCGCCGACGAGAUGCGGCUGCUCCGGGCGCAGCACCGCCGCACAUCGCACGCCGUGCUGGCGUGCAGCGUCGCGAGCGUGGCGAUCACAAGCGCUCUCGUCUUCGCCUCCACGCGCCCGCGCCGCUGA